UCUCUUUGUUCAGUCCCUGCAUAUCCACGGCUCCAUCAACUUGUCAAGCUCUCCAGUUUUUCUCAGAACCAAGUGAUCCAACCAUCAAACAGCAACCAUGAGUCAGCUUGAGACAGCCAUGGGCCUCAUGAUGAAGGUUUUUGAUACAUACGCAGGUCGUGAAGGAAAGAAGGACACACUGAGCAAAGCUGAGCUGAAGGCUUUGCUGGAAAAGGAGUUGCCUGCGCUGAUUAAGGCAGCAAAGAACCCACAAGAAGUGGACAAGCUGAUGAAAGAUCUGGAUUUUAACGGCGACUCUGAGGUGGACUUCAGUGAAUAUGUGGUGAUGGUAGCAGCUAUCACCUCUGCAGCCCACGAUCGCUGUGCCAAAAAGUCCAACCAUCAAACAGCAACCAUGAGUCAGCUUGAGACAGCCAUGGCCCUCAUGAUAAAGGUUUUUGAUACAUACGCAGGUCGUGAAGGAAAGAAGGACACGCUGACCAAAACUGAGCUGAAGGCUUUGGUGGAAAAGGAGUUGCCUGCGCUGAUUAAGGCAGCAAAGAACCCAGAACAAGUGGACAAGCUGCUGAAAGGUCUGGAUUUGGAUGGCGACUCUGAGGUGGACUUCACUGAGUAUGUGGUGUUGGUUGCAUCUCUCACCUUAGCAGCCCACGAUCACUUUGGCAAAAAGUGAGCAUGACGACCGCACCCUGGGACUCAAUGGUGCCAACAAUGAUGUAAAAUCCCCAGAACUUAUUGUUCCUUUGUAAUAACUGAAUAAAUGGUUUAAUCUA